UCCCACCUCGUUUAAGUAAACGUCAUACGUUAACUUAUCUAAUAAUCUUCCGCUCCGCGCGCUUGGCCCAAAGCUCUCUUGAACCGGCGAGCCACAUACAGGCGAGAUAGUCAACCAAGGCUUGUCUUUCGUGGUCCUUGCCGGAUCUCAAUCGCGGCCGUGUGCUUUCUUGGACUUUGUACCACGGUGUCUAGCGUUUCGUUUCUUCUUUGGAUACCCCGACAUGUCUGUUUUUUCUGUUCCUUGGUCCGCGUGUGGUACAGCUCUUUUUUCAAGUUCGGGUCGGGUCCUGCGCCCCAGCGUUUCAUGCGGACGGCUGUUUUCUACCACGGUUUCAAGGCCUGCCGACUUCACGCAUGCCAUUGUAGGCGGAGGCGUCGUCGGAUUAGCCGUCGCCCGCCAAUUGCAAGCACGUGACGGCGUGUCCGCAGUCAUCAUCGAAAAGCACGGACAGGUGGGACAGGAGACGAGUAGUCGAAACUCGGAAGUCAUCCAUGCUGGCUUCUACUACGGCCUCGACUCGCUGAAGUCGAGACUGUGCAUCCGUGGCAAGCAUCUGCUGUACGAUCUGUGCGAAAGGAACGCAAUUCCCCACAAGAACUGCGGGAAGUGGCUGGUCGCCCAAGAUGAACAGCAAAUGGACGCUCUAGGGAAGGUUCACGAUGCUGCCAAAGCUUUGGAUGUGCCUGUUCAUUGGCUUUCUUCUGGAGAAGCCAAGCGGCGCGAGCCUGACGUGCGCUGUGAAGCCGGAGUCCUGGAAAGCCCGUCAACGGGCAUCAUAGACAGCCAUUCGUACAUGCAGUUCCUCCAAGGCGCGUUCGAGGAAAACGGGGGAACGAUUGCCUUCCAGUCGACUGUGACGCGCGUCGUGCCCCUCGACGCAGGCCGUCACGGCUGGGAGAUCUACACGCGCUUCGGCGACGAUGUGGAAGAAACCUGCGUCACCGCCGAGACGCUGAUCAACUCCGCGGGCCUCUACGCCAUCCCGCUCUCCAACACGAUCUUGCCCCCGGAACGGCAACGCAUUCCUUUCUACGCCAAGGGAAGCUACUUCUCCUACUCAGCUUCGCGCCCCAGACCAAAGACGCUGAUAUAUCCAGCACCGGUUCCCGGCCACGGCGGCUUGGGCACGCACCUCACGCUCGACAUGGGCGGCCGCGUCCGCUUUGGCCCAGACGUCGAGUGGGUUGACGACCCUUCGGACUACACCGUCAACGCCUCGCGACUGCAAGAGGCGCUCGACGACAUCCAGUCGUAUCUUCCCGGCAUCGAUCGCUCUGCCAUUGGUCUGGACUACGCGGGCAUAAGACCCAAACUUGGAAAGGCAGGUGCUGUGGCGGGCAAAGGAGAGUUUUUGGACUUUUACAUCAAACUGGAGGACGGCUUUCACGGAUUCGUGAAUCUGUUGGGAAUCGAGAGUCCCGGGCUCACAAGUUCGUUGGCCAUAGCAGAGGAAGUGGAGAGGCUGCUAUACGGGGGCCCCUCCACACAUGUCUGAGGAUUUUUUGGCCGAUCGCGUAGUCGCGGACGAUGGAUAAACAACGAUAGAGCUGGAUUGAGCGAUGCUACGAUUGCAAUUGUAAGUUGCACAUAUCAAACAACAAGUAAAGUCACUGAAGGAUAAGAUGGAAAAUCGGAAGAUGACGUUUUUUGACCCGUGGGACUGCGAUUCAAAUUCACAAGUCGCUCAGUUGUAUGAUGUGCCAUGGGCAAAGCAAUCUGUCCACCUUUGUCAAGCAUAGCGAUGCAAAAACUUUUUAUGGGAAUGACUCGGUGGCGACAAUAGUUUGAAGUUAACAAUCGCGAGAUGACAUCCGGCUUGUAUGAUUUGCGAUCGCAGUAUCCACGCCAAGGAUGAAGGGCGCUGCUCCUGCAUUGGUUCCUCGGGUGUUAAAUCUUCGAGAGGAUUAGGGCCACCUUUUACCACGCAUUGAGGAUAUGCUCUUGAAAUAUUAGCAAGCUCAUCAUCGUCCGUUUAAGUGCGUUAACAACUACGAAAAUAGAGCGGAAACUUAUGUCUUCUAUUAAGGUGUUUCUCUAUCGCGAUAGAUUAUCCGCAUCCCAAAUGAUGAGUAGGUGUGUGGGUACGGACUUGAGUUGAUAGACUGUGUUCCAUCCAAUACCAGUGCAAAAUAUAUAUUUAUUAAACGAAUAUAGUUCCGGAUUAUGUUUGUG